UUCUCCAUAUAACGUCUCAUCGCCCGCGCCCAACUUCUGAAGUGCCGCAGAUCCAACACAGUGCCUUGGAGAGCGGAUUAAUAGAAUCAACGAACAAUAAUGAAAUAACAACAUAUUGGUACCAUUCUUUUUACUUUUAUUUAUUCUGUGAUGCAUUCUUAACAAAUGCAUGUUUUAAUUCAGAAAAUUAUAAUGACAGUCUACUGAAUACAAAGGAAAUUUAUUCAAAUGUGUACAUUUGAUUGCCAAGAUGAGUGUACAAGAAACAGGAGGAUAAAGUAUAGACGCAGAGGAAGUCAAGACAAAGGAUUCUUCAAGAAGGGUUUACAAUUCUUUAUUGUUGGAUAAUUCACUCGGUUCAGAUGGACGUUGAGGGGAUGGAGCAGCGUUCAACAUGGAAACGAUUACAAGAAAUGCGACGUUUUACAUUUCUUUAGCAGUCCUCUAAUCCCUUUCGGAAGGGUUUCACUUCAAAUCUCAAUGACAUCUGUCAAAAUAGCGUCGAGGUAUGGAGCGCGCAGGUCAGUUGAAGCCAACGUCUUUUAUUUAUGGAGAGUUCGGGAAUAUGUCAACCAGUGAUACCAAUGCCAAUUUCACUACUAAAGGAGAAGAGAAGGAAGGUCUGGCUUUUCAAGCUGGUUUAGCAGUUACAUUAUCCUUGAUAACUUUUGCAACAACAUUAUCAAAUGCAUUCGUUAUUGCUACUAUUUACCAAUCCAGAAAACUACACACGCCUGCAAACUUUCUGAUAGCAUCGCUCGCCCUGACAGACCUUCUGGUGUCGGUGUUGGUGAUGCCAAUCAGCGCACUAUACACAGUGAGUCAAACAUGGACUUUGGGCCAAGUCAUGUGCGACAUAUGGUUGUCUUCAGACAUUACGUGUUGUACUGCAUCCAUACUUCAUCUGUGCGUAAUUGCGCUGGACCGUUACUGGGCAAUAACAGACGCAGUUGAGUACACCAAGAAGCGCACGACAGCGCGCGCGGCGGGAAUGAUAGCUACUGCCUGGGUGAUCGCCAUCUCAAUCUCACUUCCGCCCUUCUUUUGGCGCCAGGUGAAAGCGGAGGAGGUUACCACUUGCAACGUGAACACUGAUCACAUUUUCUACACAAUUUAUUCAACUUUUGGAGCCUUCUAUAUUCCCACUUUGUUACUUAUAGCCCUUUACGGUAGGAUCUACGUGGAAGCCCGAAAGAGGAUUUUGAAACAGGCAUCUAAUAAACCGGGGAAAAGACUAACCUCAGCUCAUUUGAUAACAAACUCGCCAGGUACAAACUCUGUGGCGUCCACCACCUCUCUAAAUUACGGGACAAACGAAACAUUUUCUUGUGACGCUAAUAGCUCAUCUGCCAGUGUGAACCAUGUGAAAGUCACUGUAUCCGACACGCUCCUGGAGAAGAAGCGAAUCUCCGCUGCCAGGGAAAGAAAGGCCACUAAAACUUUGGGGAUCAUUCUCGGAGCAUACAUUAUAUGCUGGCUGCCAUUUUUCAUUUACACUUUGGUGGUUUCUGUCUGUGCGUCGUGUUAUUAUCCAGAAUUAUUUGAUAUAUUUACUUGGUUGGGUUACCUUAACUCUUUAAUAAACCCCAUCAUAUACACCAUGUCCAAUGAAGAUUUCAAAAAGGCUUUCCACAAAUUAAUACGCUUUAGAUAUUGCAGGUCCUGAGAAUUACCCACCCAAAACAAAAGGUUGUCAAUGCCAUUAGGCUUAAAUUUUGUCCAGCUAUCUCAGCAGCACCAGAAACUGCACUUCUCCAAUAAAUGCAACAUGUGAGCUCUCAUGAUCAACCCUAAAAAAAAUUUGCAGCACUGGGUCUUGCAUGCUACCGCAUAGGCUUAGUAGCCUGCAGGCAUGUACUAGAAACAUGCUUAUUUUUCAAAACACGAAUGUGUUGAACUAUCACUGCCAAUAAUGAACAAUAUAUUCAGAAACCAUAGGCUGUAAUCUUUGUUGCCUUCCUUAUGAUUGCCAGAUAAUGACAUACCAACCCACCCACUCAGACAAUGAAAACAACUGUACAAUCUAAACCAUCAUUUGGGUAAGGACUAAUUCCAUUCAAGGUUAAUGUUAAGGAUGAUGCAUUUUCGAUAGCUUUUGUCAUGGAAUCAUGUCGAUUGAUCUGGGGGGGCUAACAAAAACAUUGGGAAGAGGGAGGCUGUUAUAUGUUUAAUAUUUAAACAUACAUGCGUUGCCUGUAGUAUGAAAAAGCCUGUGUGACACCUACAGAGUUACCUUAAGCACAGCGGUUCUGAUCUUCCCAGUACAACACCCUCCGUUCUCUUGUGUUCACUACUUCCAAAAAAAAAAAAAUAUAUAUAUAUAUAUAAAUUGUUGGAGGCAUGAGCAACUCAGAUUUCACUAUGUUUUCUUAACAGCCAUUUCCUUCUCCAAUACUAGUAAAUUCCAUGCAUACUUUGAGAGGACGAACAGAUGAUUGGUACAUAACCAUGGUCCGUCACACAACAAAUAUUGGUGCCUACAGAGACAUUUUCCGUUCAAUUUAUUGAAUGUUUUUAUUUGUCCAGCUUCUUAAAGAGAUUAGCAUGGAUUUCAUGACAAAAGACCAUCGCUCAUUCAUCACUAAAAAUGUAAAUAAUCGUUAGCCUAUUACUUUAUUGUAAUGUUGUUCACUUCAAAAGGGACUAUAAGCUGACCUCUUAUCAAACAAGCCUCAAUGUAUUUAUAUUCGUAUGUAUUGUAAGUAACACGUAUGUAUGUACGUAACAUACGUAACGUAUGUGUGUAUAUGUUUUUAUUCAUGUCAUUUUCGUUAGUUUUUUGUAAUGGAGCUGUUUAAAUUGCCUGUGGGUGUUGAGUCUACUGCAACCUAAUGAUUGGUAUUAUCUUACUGAAUAUUUUUGGUGGUCUUAUAGGCCUACAAAUCAAACUUAAUGACAGACAAGAAUAUACACCUUACACACAUCUUCACCUAAAAUACUGCUUAUAGUGAUCAUGUUUUAAUGAUGUGUCAGCUUGCCCUUUACAUUCCAUGCAACGCUGCAUGAGUUACGUGCAAGAUCAAGUACAGAGAAUAUACAGAGAUCGUCAGAGGUCGAAAAGCCUUUAAGAUUGCAUUAGUACAAAUAUUUGUUUUAAUAGAACCACUCCGAACCAUCGAGACGCAAUAGUAACAGCCAAGAUAAUAAAGGACCCCAAGCAGCCAUAUACAGGCAUACCAUGUUGAACUACGUGCUUUAUAAUGACGAACUACAUGUAGCUGCAAAAAAUGCAGAAAUCCUUUGAAUAAAUGAGGGAUGCAAAGUCUUUUAAAUGCUAGUGCUUCCACACAGGUGUGGAAUUAAUAACCUACCAGGCAUGUGCAGCGUCGAGAUGCUGGAAAGGUCUAGUGGCCCAUUAUUUUUACUACCAUGGCCAGAAGAAGACAUCUCAAAGACUUAGACAGAGGGAUGAAUGAGAAAGCACAAAACCAGCCAUCAUUGUUUUAUUUUUUUAGAAAUGUUGGGUGAUUUGGUUUUUCACUUGAUUGCGUCAGAUGACGUUACCAUUAAUGGUAAUAUUUCAAUUGAAGCUGACAUUGAUGCAUGCACGUAAUACACGCCUGAUUAUCCUACCCGAUAUUUCUCCCAUAGGCCUUUUUUUCAUUUGGAUUUUUACUUCGACCGUUCGAUGCUACAAGCACGGUAUUAUGAAUAUUGAGCUUGAGGAACAACUCAUGUUGAUGUUUCCUUUAUGUUGGCAAUAACCUGUGUGUUCAUGAGAUACUAUUGCAGUGCUCGCAUAAUGGAAAUUCUAUUUUACCUAAAUUAGCUACUGCUGUACAAUAAAGCUUUUCAAACAGAGCCCAACCCGUAUCUUAACUCGAUCCUCCUGUUGUUGCAGGACCGUGCAAUACUUCUCCUGCACAGCAAGAAAUGAAAACAAGUGUAUUGAAGGUUUAAAAUGCUUUUAAUGUUUGUUAUUUCCAGUUAAACAUGCCAGAAUGUAUUUGCCUUAAGGAAAACUGCAUCAGUCCCUAAAAUGCGCAUUUCUUGUUGCUGCUGGAUUAGUAUCCUGCUGUGUGAAACUGGUUCAAAUUAGAAUACGGCAUCUGUAAGCAAUGCACUGUAAUUGCCUUGACUUUGUGGUUAGAGGUCCACCCCAGUGGAUUACAAAUCACUGCUGCUAUUGUGAAAUACAAUAAAUAAAAAGUUAAAUGGAAUCUA